CAGCUGCUGUAGUAAGCAGCAGCAACAACCCGCUCUGCAGGUCCAGCAGCAGCAGCAGAAAACAACACAAUCUUCUCACCAUGAGCAAGUCCAGCUCGCUCAAAGUCAAGAGUUUGUUUAAGUUUAAAUCCCCCGACAAGGAGAACAAGGGGGUGAAGCGCGCUGCUUCACUCGGGGAUGGAGCUGCCACUCACAGCCCGCCGGGGGGGGAGAUGCCCGGGACGUUACCGACGAGCCCGGAUCCUCUCAGCCCGGGAGACAGCGACACACUUUCACCGGUUUCCCCGAAAGAGAAGAAGCCCCGGCGGCUGCUGUCGCUCAAGCUGAAGCGGAAAAAAUCCAAGCGCAAAAAUGAGGACGUCUUCUUCCCCGAGACCGAUGAACUGGACAGUUUUUACAGCCAGAGGAGCUUUGACCAGAUGAGCGUAACGACUGAGUGCAGUUUCCAGACUGAGUCGGACUGGGACCCAUAUUCUGAGUGCAACUCCAUGAUCAGCUUUGACAUGACUCAGCCGUACAGCCCGACCUCACCCUCCAAAUCUCACAAGAAUUCGGAGGAGAAGAAGGGAGUGUUUGAUCGCCUCAGCAACUUCUUCAGCUCCAGGAAAAAGAAGAGUAGUAGGCACCAUUCAAACGCCUCCAGUGAUGACCACUCCACUGCGUCCCCGCCGAUGUCUCCGCAUUCACCCGAGUAUGAGCAGCAGGACGGGCUGAAGACGCCCACUCCCCCCCGAAAAAGUGAGACCACGGCGGGAGCAGAUGGAGGCGAUGCGGGCAGCCGAGGCUCGAGUCCCAGCGCCGCGAGCGUGGUUUCUCUGAUAACAGACGAGGCGGACCUCCCAUUUGCGGACAGCAACAGCAGUGGUCAGAGCAGCGUGAGGGAGGUUUACGUGGGCAGGAUCAGCACGGCCCCAGGUGAAAAGAAUUCUGGGAAUGUGACUCCCACCCUCCUGGACCCUGACACCACCACCACUGCUGAUCUGAGCUCAGGUAUAGGCUUCACAGAGUCAGUGGUGGAGGAAGUCAACAAAAAGCUGCACGUUCAGUUACAAGAACGCAUUCUGACAAACACGGAGGGCCCCAGUGAGGACAGCACAAUUAAUCCAACCACUCUGAUAACGUUUAAAAAAUCCCCGUCCAUCACAGCCGACGUUCCAAAGUCACCCAACUUAACGUCUAUUAGCUUAGCAUCAAAGAAAACAUUUGUGACGGUCGGAGAGAAAGGGCACAGCAGUGCUCUGACAGGAAUAAGAUUAGGAUCCCAGUCUUCUACCUCACACGUCACCACAAACAAACAGGAAGAUAAACGGAGAGCGAGGAUAUUCUCUGGGGAAACGACAGUCAUGACAUGGGGCCCUUCAACUGACACAGAGGAAUUAGCCAGAAGUGAUUCUCCGGUACAGCUUCACAAAGCCAUCUGGGUGGAAACACACCUGGGAGAGGAGGGGGAGCAAGACUGGGAUGUACUGACAGAAAGGGAGGAGGGCUCCGGAGCAGACUCACCUCCCGUGUUGGCUAUACCUGUCACAGUAAUUCCUGAGGAUGAAUCUGUAACUGCAGACGGCCCCUCUUCCCCCCCAGAGACUCCGCCGCCCAGUGGCAGCCUGCCACAAGCAGCCACAACCCCGGCUGUGACCACGGGGGAGUUGCACACAAACUCAGCGCAGCCAGAGGAGCCUUCCACUGGCACAGACUCAACGAAAAGUUCACUUCCUCCUGAGAAACACAGAACCAGAGAAAACCGUGUCACGCGCAAGACUGUCAAUCUGCCCUCGAAGCACAGGGCUUUUGCCCAGAGGGUGAAUCUUAGCCCAGAGUCAAGUUUAGAGGCGAGUGAAGCGGAGCACAGCAGAGAUUCACCUUCAAAGACUUCAGAUCAAGUGCCAAGCCUCCAAAGCAACAGCACUGCAGAGCUCAAGCAAACCAACCUUGAACAUCCAACAACAGAUGAGACUGCACUCUGUGACCCAAACACAUCUGAGAUUCUAGCUGAAGGAAGAGCUGACUCAGUGUGCUCCGACCUCGAGGACGCCUCUGCAAAUGUGGACAUGCACAGACCAAAGCCACAAGCACCGGGGUCUGGCAAAAAAGGCCAAGAGUCAACCCAGGCUGCGGCCUCUAAAGGAGGGCCCAAAGCCAGUGGAGCAAAGACCCCAACCUCUGCUGCUGGAAGCAAAACCAACAGUGUCUCAGUGAAAGCAAAAGUCUCCACAGACGGCACAAAAGUUUCUAUGUUACCGACUUUAAAAGAUCAUAGCACCAGUGUUUCUUCAAGUACAGAGGGUUCAAAGUCUAAAAUCCCCAAAAGGGCAGCGUCAGAUGCUGAUGUGAAAUCACCUGGGACGCCAGAUAAAACAGCAGCCACUGAUGCCUCAGUGGUCACUUCUAAACUACAAAAGCAAACUAGAACCAAAGACUCUUUGAAAUCUGUGGUCACUCCGGCCAGAGCUGGCAGGAAACCAAGUUUUGAUGAAGCAAAGGGAGGGAAAACUUUGUCAGGAGAAGUUUCUCCCACAAAAAGCACAUUCAGGAAAGGAACAAAGCUUAAAGAGAAGUCAGAGGGGGACAGUGGCUCUGUUAGCCUGGUAAAUGGCUUGGAGAAAGAUCAUAGGGAGAGCACUGUUAAAACAGUGCACACACCUGGAAAGGAAAGCAUGGAUGUGAAAAAACAGUCACAGAGCCAUCUGGAGAAUAAUGCCUCCCCGCCAUCAAAGAGUCGCUUACCUAUUUCAUCUCCGACACGGAAGACUAUGGAUGAUACGACACAAGUCAGUGGCACCAGCUAUAAAAAACCUGCGCAGACCGAGACAGACAGAGCGGAGAGAACGUCAGACAAGCAUGAAGCAGAGAGACGUGGUCGUGACGCACCUUCCUCCCCUCUUCAAAGUUCCAUGAAAGGAGGAAUGCUUUCAACAAAACCAUCCAAACACCUCCCUAAAAGGAGCCAUGAGGAGAGUGACUCUUCCGCCCCAGGUGUCUCUGCACCUCCUGCGGAGCCACAGAAAACCUCCAGGAUUUCCAAACAGACUGAAAACAUCAAACAACAACAGCAAAAGAGUCCAGUGAAGGAUCCAGCUGAUUCCUUAUCAUCUGUGAGCAGACUUCCAACGCUGGGUCAGAAAAGCUCCAACAAAAUGAAAGUCAAAAAUGUGAGAGAAUCUGAGAGUUCUGCAAACACGGUGGACUCCAGUCAAAACUCUGACAAGGCAGCAGCAGUCAAAGCAUCUGAUGACGUGGAGGACAGCGUCACUCAUGACAGACUUAAAUUAGAGGAAGGAGAACACAACAUUACAAAACCUUCAGAUGAACAGUCAUUAGAAGAAAAUGAAUCACAGAGUGGGAUUUUAAAAAUUCAGCCAACACAAAACAGUGAUGCAAUCAUCACACCAUUAGCAGACCCAGUGUCUACGUUCUUGUCCAGCAGUGACGUUGUUGAAGCCACUGAUGUCUCUGGUGUCAAAGACGCUGAGGCACACGGCCAGAAAAGACCGUGUGAAGAUAAACCUCAAACAAACAUGCAGAUUUCUCCUGAACAAGCAUCUGACACACAACGCAAUGACACAACAAAAGAGGCGCAAACACAGCUAGUACUACAAAGUUCUCCCCAAGGAGAAGAUAUUUUAGAAACAACCCAGAUAAUAAGAAACAUUAAACCAGAUUUCAUUCAGGAGGACGAGCCAAAGCCUGCAGUGGUUGACAUAAUCCCUUCCCAUGAGCAUGUAACCGAUAUGUCGGCCAAACCUGUAGCGGUUGAUAGCAAACGCUGUGACAUAAUGACCCACUCUGAUGAGGGUAGUGUCUCUUUAAAAGAAACAACAGAGGUCACUGCUACAGAAGAAAUGACCUCAAGUAGUUGUGCUGCUAAAAUGAGGUUAAAAGAUGAAGAUGCUGAGCUGAAGGAGGCCGUUUUAUCCACUCCAAUAAACCUGGCCAAUAUAGAGCAGCAGAUAGAAAUCAAGGAUCAAACAGUAAAUGAAAUUAUUGACAAAGUUCCGUCCUCCACAUUGGUCACAGAGUCAGUGAAAAUUUUUGAGGUGGAAGAGAAAACUAACGAGGAGGUUGGCAGAAAACCACCAGAGGAUUUGGACAUUCAAACAGAGACUGUGACUGUUUGUAAAGUACCCAAGAAUGUUGAAAAUAAGUUAGACAAAGAGCCUCUUUUACUGGCAGGAAGGUUUGAACGUCAGAAGAAAGAGUCAGAACCAAAGGACAAGCUGAACGAGACAGCAGUGGAAAACACGGACUCGCGGCACAGUUGCCAAGAGGAGCUCGACAGCAAAACCAACGAGGCUGAAACAGAAAAAGAUAUUUCAAAACCAGAGGAACCGCAUGAUCCAACAUCAGAAGAGAAGUCAGAGGACGGACAGCAGACGGUAGAUAUAGACGCCCUGGAGGAGAAGAGGACAGAGGCAGCGCAAGAAAGGAGUGAAUUUAAUGAAGCUACACCCAGUGCGUUUGAUUCAAAUCAUGAGAUUGUUUUGAAAGAAAAUAAAGAGAGUGGUGGUGAGGAAGCCCGGCAAGCCGAGCAGCAGAUGACGACUGAACAGGAGCCCAAACUACUUUUGACUGAGGAUGAAGUCAAGAAUGUCACCACAAAGGAGGAAGAAAAACAUGCGGAUGAUGUCAAAGAAAAACAAAAUGCAGAAAUUAAAGCCAUAAUCUCUAUCACACCGGACGCUGCAGGUAAUAAAAAAGAUGAGAGUUUACCAAAUGAGACUCCUCAGUCUGAAGGUAACAAUCAAGCAGAUAAGAAAGCCUUAAUUCACAAAGACCAAGGUGGAAAUAUUGAUAAGAUAGAGGCAAAUGCUCAUAGAUCAGCAGAAUCCACACGUCCAGAUACUACAGUUGUGCAGAAACCCGAGAAACAAAAAGCUCCAGAGAAGAAAACAACAAAAAGUGACAUUUUGCAAAUGGCACCAACUCAACAAGUGCUAACUGUUAGCGCUGAAGCUCAGAAUGCUCAUAAAGACACUGAAGAAAAGACUGAAACUAUUGUUUCAUCAGAAAAGGACUUGGUGAGUGAGACGUCAGUUGUUAAUGCAGACAUUAAAGAUGUCGAAGAUCAGAAGUCCGUAACUGUUAAAGACACCGGGGACAUCAAUAACAUGGAUAAAAACAAAUCAACCAAAGCUGAAGGUCCAGAGACAGAGAGAAUUAAAGCUGAAGAUCAAGAGAGCAGAGAAACAGAUGCGACUCAAGAACUCAAACCUGAAGUUACAAAUGAAAAGACUGAAAUAAAGGAUUCUUCUUUAGACAGUUUGACGAAUGAGACAGCAGUCACUGACAUAGAAGUUAGCUCCCCUAAGGACCAGACACCUAUAAUUGUUGGAAACAAAAUGAAGAGCCUGAAAAAGGGAGAGAAGAGGGCAACAACAGAGUCCAAACAACCAACUUUUAAUCCAGAACCAAAACAGGUAACAAAAGCUGUGGAGCAGACACGUGAAAACUCAACUCAAGAACUUGACUCCAUAAGCAGCAACGAUACAAAAAACAACACUGAAACUGAGGAUAAUGUGAACACCAACAGUGAUGUGAACAACCAACAGAUCCAAAAGCCCAUAACUGUAAGUGACCAAGAUAAGAACACUACAGAACCACAUACUGACCUAAAGCAGAAGACACAAACAGUAAGAACUGAGAGAAGCUCAGAAAACCAUAUUCAAAAAGUGAAGUCUGAAAACAACAAAACUCAGAGUGACAAGGGAACAAAAGACAAGACUGAAACGAAGGAUUCAUCGACAAAGAGUCUGUCAGCAACUGUGAAAGUUGACUCUGAGGUCAGUGACCAAAAAGACAAGAUGUCCUCAGCUUUCAGUGGUGAACAUGUGGUCAAUCAAAUAUCAGCAGAUGCUAAAUUAGCUGAAAUAUCACGCGUCUCCACUGCUGUUCGUAAGAGUCACAAGAUGCAGAAACCGAAAAGCUCGACAAAAGAAUGUGUUCAAGAUGAGAAGAAAGUGGCAAAGCAAGAGGAUCAGCACAUAAACACGUCCACGAUGGACAUGAAGCAAGAUUCAGAAUCCAUUGUUGUAAAAGACGUGUCUCGCAAAGAAGUUGGUGGAGAACAGUCUGACGUUAUUUUAGAUCAAAUACACAUAAGUGUUGAAGACCAGAAGAAAGAGUCCAUCAUCAUUAGUGUUUUAAAAGACAAACUGCCACCUUUAAAAGAGGAGAACAUCCCAAACCUCACAGAUCCACAAAACCCUAUGAAGCCAAUAAUCAAUGUGCCAGCAAAGUCUUCCGCUCCAUCUCAAAGCCCUCAGCUAAAGAAAGAAUCUCCAUCCAGCUGGUUAGACGUGGAACAUCGUCAAAAACAGAAGAAGGAAAACAAAAAAAGGCUUGAAGCCUCAGUCAGUGAGGAUGAAUCCGUGGAGACUGAUGACUUUGAUGAUUUUAUCCGGAGCAUCAAGGAGGGCGGAAUUCCGUUUUCCCUCCCUCCAAAGAGGCACGUCCGUAAAAAGUCCCCAUCUCCACCGUUUGCCAUGCCAGCCAUUAAGGAGGACCGCUUUGAGAAGACAUUUGAUCCUGAUGAAUUUCAGUUUGGCUUAAGGAAAAAAGACAAACUGUUCAAGGAUCCCUCACCAGCUAUGGUGAUCAAACAAAACGCAGCGAACAGGGAAGGACGGCGUCUCGACAAACGUAAUGCCCCGUCCACGUCCAAAGACAAAAACAAAUCAUUUGAUGAGGUGGAAGGAAAGGGGGGACACACAAAUUCAUUUUCUGACGCCGGAAAUGAAGAGGAACAAAGCAACGGAGAGGAGCCUGGGAAGUUCUCGUCAAGACUUGAAAGGAUGUCCAUCCUCUCCAGCUUACGCUCCACCAGGAAGACCAAAGAGGAAACUACCUCUGGCUUAAGUAGCUCUUUUUCAUCAAACCAACAAGACUCGGCCUCUCUUGGAAAGCAGGGUGUUGACUCACCUCUGCAGGGUGGAGCAGAUAAGGAGGGUGUGAAGGAACAAGGACCUCUUGUCAGAGAUGGUAAAAGUGUAAUAAAUGAGUCACUUGACGACUCCUCCUCCUCCUCCUCCUCCUCUCCUCCUCCUCUUCCCAUGUUCUCAGAGAUCAAGCUGCCAGAUCAUUUGGAGAAAUACCUCAAGAAGUCAAAUAAAGAAUCGGAGGCCUCUCCUGGCUCCUCUCAGAGUCCUCAAACUGAACUCAAUCUAGAGCGGAGUACAGUUAAAGACCAGGCCUUGAAAUCACAACGACCGAACAUGGAUGUGGGUCCUCAGGGUUCUGCUGCACCGCCUCCAACCACCGUACAACACAGACGAGCAAUGAAGACAAGGGUCCCUGCAGUGAGAGGCAUCCACAAAAGGCCUGGAAAGAUUGUAAUACAUGAACAUGCUCAGUUUGGAGGGGAAGCGCUGGAGUUCUUCCGCGACGUGGAAGAUGCCACCGCGUUGAAGCUGUCUCCUGUCAUCUCAGUCAGAGUCAUCAGAGGAUGCUGGCUGUUGUAUGAAAAACCUGGCUUCCAGGGUCGCAUCAUCGCCCUCGAGGAAGGUCCCACCGAGCAGAUAGUGAACGUAUGGGCCGAUGAGGAAACUCCAACAACACUGGACCAGAAUGGUCAGCCUGUUCCAACUGCACCUCUGGUCAUAGGUUCCAUCCGAUUGGCAGUCAGAGACUACAGCGUUCCCAGGAUUGACCUGUUUUCAGAGGUCAAUGGGAUGGGGAGGAUGGCGUCGUACUGCGACGACACUAUAGAGAUCGGCUCGUAUGGGAUCCCACAGACCACUGGCUCCAUUAAGGUCCAUUCAGGCGUCUGGUUGGUGUGCAGUGAUCCAGGCUUUGGAGGUUUUGUAGGAGUUCUAGAGGUGGGAGAAUAUCCCUGUCCAGAGAGCUGGGGUUUCGCUGAGCCCUUCAUCAGCUCCCUCAGACCUCUACACAUGGGAGCAAUACGAGUGGAGAACCCUCACGAAGUCAAGGCUUUAUUGUUCGAGAAGCCUAACUUUGAUGGAGAGUGCAUGGAGGUGGACAGCCAUGUGUACAGUCUGCAAGAAACAGAAGAAGAAGAGGAAACAUCUAAAUGUGACAAAUAUAAGAAAACAUUGCCCACAGUGGGCUCUAUAAAGGUCCUCAGUGGUCUCUGGGUGGGCUAUCAAGAGGAAGACUUUGAGGGCCAGCAGUACAUUCUAGAGGAGGGAGAGUAUCCACACUACAGUGACUGGGGAGCGUCUGAGGAUGGGAUCCUGUCCCUCCGGCCUGUGUGCACAGAUUUCCAGUCUCCACACGUUAAACUGUACAGCGAGAGAAACUGUGACGAGCUGGGUCUCAACGUGAAUUUGCUUGGUCCUGUCCUCAACAUGGAGGGCAUCAGCCACGGGACCAAGACUCAGUCUGCCAACGUCAUGAGUGGAGUAUGGGUGGCGUUUGAAAAGCCUGGAUUUGGUGGAGAGCUCUAUGUGCUGGAGAAAGGCCUGUAUGCAAACCCAGAUGACUGGGGAGCCCAGAACUUCAAGAUCUCAUCCAUACAGCCAGUCUUCCAUGAAUUGCUGAUGGGCUCUCCAAAAUUCAAGGUGCAGCUGUACUCUGAGCCAGACUUCCAGGGAAGGCUGGUGGCUCUGGAGGAGAGCACAGCAGCUCUGGAUGAGGACUUCAUGCCCAAGUCCUGUAAGGUGCUGACUGGCAGCUGGGUGGCCUAUGAAGGAGCUGAGUUCACAGAGAACAUGUACGUGCUGGAGGAGGGAGAAUACUCCAACACUGUGGCCAUGGGCUUUCCGUCCUCGGACUCCACCAUCCGCUCCAUACACACCGCUGGACACGAGCUCUCGCUGCCCUCCAUCAGCCUGUUCAGCAAGGCUAACUGCAGAGGUCGCAGGGUGGUGUUGACCGGCGGAGCCGUGAACCUGCAGCUGAUGAGCCUCAACACACGCAUACGAUCUGUGCUGGUGGAGGGAGGAACGUGGGUGUUGUAUGAAGGCAGCAACUACCGUGGUCGACAGCUGCUUCUUCAGCCGCGUGAAGUAACCGACUUGUGCAAGUUAAACGGCUGGCAGCGGCUGGGAUCCCUGCGUCCGUUACUUCAGAAACAGACUUACUUCUGCCUGCGGAAUAGGGAGACAGGAUGUAUAAUGUCUCUGACAGGAACUCUGGACGAUGUUAAGCUGAUGAGGAUUCAGGCUGUGGAGGAGACGGGAGGAGCCGAGCAGAUCUGGCUCUAUCGGGACGGACAGCUCACCUGCAAGCUGGUGGAGGACUGUUGCCUGGAGACCUCGAGCAAUGUGGUGAUGGCGGGAAGUCGACUUUGUGUUUCCCCAGAGCGAGGCAAGGAAAAUCAGCUGUGGAACAUCACACCUGACGGCCUGGUGCACUGCCAUUUCAAACCUGAUCUGGUCCUGGAAGUCAAAGGUGGUAAACAAUAUGACAGGAACCAGGUGAUUCUCAACACAUUUGAUGAGAGAAAACUGAACCAGAGGUGGACCUUGGAGAUCCUAUGAGAAGAGGAGCAUUUGGUCCCCACAGCCCUCUCCUGCAGCUGCGUCACAGGGCACUGAGCUCUGUGAAGCAGCUGCAGCGUGUGACCCAAAAACACUUCACUCCUUUAUUUUUGUUUUGACUUGGUUUACUCUGGACCAAUAGUGUGACAACUAACUAAACUUUAAAGUGCAUGCUCUUACAUAGCAGUUGAUGAAAUGUGUUCCCUCUUUUCCUAAAAAAUGGAUAAGUAAAGUAAAAAGUUGCUAACCAAAGAAUGUGUUUUAACAGCAUGUAGUGAAAAAUCUGCCCUGUUUCAAUGCUGCAUCUCUCCAUCUUACCUUUCUACUGCAUGGUUUCUAUGAUCUUACUGCUGACAACUAUGAAUGUUUACGUCAACACUGAUGUGCCUACACUCCACGAUUUAAAUGUCUAAAUGAUGUGAUAUCCAAAUAAGUCAAAGAUGACCUAUUGUAAAGUUUUGAUAUUAUUCUUAGAAUCCCAACAGAUUUUUACACAAACUGUACUUUUCUUCAUUUGGUUGUACAUAAGCAUUAAAUGUAUAGUUUUUAGUAGAAAUAAUUUCAAGACAGAACUGCAGCUACAAUGUUGCCCACUGUUAGUUGUAAAUAUGUUGAUGUGAAAUGAGGAAACUGUUACACAUGAAAAUAAACAAUUGGUUGUA